AUGAAGUUGAAAGGUUUGAUAAUUACCCAUUUAAUACUAAAUAGAAUUUUCUUUUCUUUAGGCCAAAAAGAUGGUGUUAGUUAAUGUAACUAAAUAUGCUAAGAUUGCUCUAGUGAUAAAAAUUUUGAGUGUCUUGGAUGUAAAUACCCAUUUUAUUUUGAUCAGGAUAGCUAUAAUUGCGUCUAAUCUUGCCCUAGUGGAACAUAUGAAAACUAAAAAAUGGAAUGUGUUUCUUGCGCUUCUAAAUUUUGCUUAAGCUGCUCACCUACUGAAUGCUAUUAAUGUUAAUCCGGAUACUCUGUGAACCCACAAGAUAAAUUAGGAUGCAUUUCGAAUUGUUAAGAUGGACAAUAUUUGCUUGAUGGAGAGUGCGUUUAUGAAUGUAGCAUUUAAUCAAAUAGUUAUUCCUUAGAUCCAUCUUCUAAUACAUGCAUUUAGCUAUAAAUUUGCCCUUAGUUAUCUUAUAUUCCUGCAUCUUAAGCGGUUGGCUAAAUUUAGUUCAUUAGCACAUCCAUCAGUGAAGAUAAUAGCAAUAUGCUUUAGAUUGAUGAAUAUGGCAAAGUUAUUGUCAAGUCAAUUCCUUAGCUAGAACCUUAAGCUUACUAUACAUUUCCAUAGUUAGCAUCUAUCGCAAAUUGUGUGCAGAUUGUAGAAUAAUCAACACAAAGCAAAAUACUAUCUUGUAUGAAUACUAAUACCUAAGUUUUCGCUUUUUAUAUCUCAUCUGGUCUACUUUUAUCAUAAAAUAUUACAUUUAAUUAAUAAAUAGCAAAUUUGUAUUAUUUAGAUGGAAUGAAAAUGACAUUUUUGACUUAAACAAGAUAAAUAGUCUAGUACAAUUUCCAAUCAUAGCAAUUUUUUAUUGUUGAUAAAUCAUCAAAUGAUCUAAAUUAAAUACUUAGCGUUUAAAAUUAUCAGCAAAAAAAUGAUCAAUAUAUUCUUGCUAUCAACUCCACAAAUACAAUUUAUUAUUAUGAUUAAUCGUUUAACAAAUAUAUACUUUUAUAAUAUUCAUCCAAGAGCACUCUUGUAAUGAAAAAUUUAAAUACACAAAAUAUGUGGGCGUUCUACUAAAAUAAUAAAAUAGAUUUUUAUACAAUCAUAUUUGGCUAAUCUCCUUCACUAAUCAAAUCUAUUACUUCAUAGACCGUCCUUUAUUCAAUAUUGAGAUCUAAUUAAACUUUGAUUCUAAUUGGUGGUAAAAAUUAAACAGCAACUUAGGUAUUCUAAAUUAGCUCAAAUAAGUAAGUCACUGAAAUCACGAACACAUUAUCACCUACUCUCUUUAAUUCUGACUGCUUUUGGAAAACAAAAGAUUUCUAUUUCUCUCAAAAGCAAGAUAUACUUUAUAUAUUCAACUUUACUUCAAAUAAUUUUACUCUUUCAUAUACUUUAAAAUUAUCUUAACCUUUAGUAUGCUCACUAACUUACUUAGAUGUUUUGCAAAAUAAUGAUAAAUUUUAUUUGUUAACUGUAAUAAUGUAAGAUACGUAAAUUUAAGAACUCACUUAAAGCCAAUAAAUCUCUGUAAUUUCUAAUUAAAUGUACUUUUCAUCUGAAUAGCAUGCCUAUUACUAUACUUAAAGAUUAUUAACUUCCAGAAUAGUUAAUUUUAUGAAUACUGCUACAAAUAAUUAAAUUUUAGAGUUAAAAGGUAAUGGAAUCGCUAACUAGUAUGAUUUAGAGUCAAGAUAGAUAGCUAAAUAAUUCUAUUUUUGGGAUGAUUUUUAUUAUCCAGAUUAAAUCACUAUUACAAGUUUUCGUUUAUACAACUAUAUAGUUGUAAAAGAAGAAGAAAAAAUAAUACUUACUGGAAUAAGAAAUGGUGUUUUAACUGUAAGAGAAUUGAAUUUAUAUACUUUUGAAAUACUAUUAGAAAACUAGUUUAGUAAUGUAAACAUUUCACCUAGUCAAAUAAAUUUUUUUAAUUAACCAUUCUACAUCCAGAAGACAAAAACCUUGAUAGUUUAUAUUAUUAGUUAAGAAAUCAGUUAACUUUAUUCAGAAUUAAGACAACUUCAUAUUUUUAGUUACAGCUAAAUAAAUAAUCAAUACAACUACAAAUUCUCAGUCAAGUAAAUAGUAAAUGACGUUUAAGUUUCAUAGACAACUGGCGAUGUUAUUUGUUUCUUAGUUUUGUAAGUUUACGUAAGUUAAAUAGUGAUCUACAAUGUUUACAAAGAUAUCUUUAGCUUAAGUCCUUAUAAUACUGUUUAAAUUGUCUCAACUGUAGAUAAUAAAAUCCUAUAAGUAAUAACUACUGGUGCAUACAUUCCAUAAUACAUUAGAUAUGAUAACAAAGUAUUUAUUUGCAGCAAUACUUACACUUUAUCAUACUAUGAUGGAGAUACUAACAAGCUCAUAAUAUACUAGAACUAAUAUUAUGGACAAAACAUUUAAGCCUUUUUACAUUAAUAAAAUUAGAUAAUAUUUACAAAUACAUAGGUCUAUCUCACAAUUAGUUUAGAUGAUCCAAAUCUUUAAUUAUAGAAAGUAGCAGAAAAUGCUCUAUAUUAUUCAUAUCAAUUUAACGAUAUUUAAAUUCCAUUAACUCUUAAUAAUGGCUAGGUAGAGUAAAUGGUUGAUGUAAAAUCAAUCUUUUGUUAUUAAUAUUAAAAUGAUGAUUAUUAAAUUACAUAAUAUUUUGAACAAGUUGUUAAUUUUUAUGAGUUAGAUAUAUAGCUAAAUAUAUAUAUAAAUAUGAUAGCAGUUAUAAAAUACCAAAAGAUUAUAGCAUACAUUGUUAUUGAUUUCUUACAACCUAAAUAAUUAGUAGUUUAAAAUUACAGAUACUAUCUAUUGUAUGAUAAAAAAGGAUUUUAUUUUCCCAAUUAAAAAUAUAUGGUAAUCGUUGUUGGAUAUCAUAUUGCUUUUAUUAGCUCAUCUAACUUUGAAAUUUUAUUUCAUUACGUGUCUAAUUCAUCAUAUUUGAACGUUGCUUAUGAUAUAGAAUUAGGAUACAUGGCUUUUAUAGAAAACUUGUAAGAUUGCAUAAUCGACUUAAAUGCUAUUUCUAAAAAUUGCAUAGCAAAUAAUUAUCCAUUUGAUGAGGAUAAUUUUCACGGAACUAUUAUUUAAAAACAAAAAUAGUUGAUAAUCUUUUAUAGUUAAUAUAGUUUAAGAGUGUACUCUUUAAAAGAAUAAAUUUAUAAGUUUGUAAAAUAUUCAACAGACUUUAUACCUUAUUCUAUAUAUUAUAAUGAUUUUGGUAGCAUUAUAAUUAUUGGAGAUUAACCAAGCUAAAGUUUUAAGAUACUUAAUUUAGAUACUCUUUAAUUGUUGGAUACAUCUUUCCCGUCAUUUACAACUUCAACUUUUGAAAAUCUGUAUUAGUUUUAUUUUUUCUCUGAUCAAAUAUAAGUGAUGCUAUUUUCUUCUUACAGUAAUUCUAUAGUAAUCUAUAAUAUAAAUACUCAAGUGAGCUUGAAAACAAUCUAAUUAUAAUACUAAUUUAAUUAUCAGAGUCAAGUAGUUGUUGAUGAAAAUCUUGAUUUGAUUAUAUUGAUUGAUAAUUAAAACUAAAUUGAAAUUAUUUCUUAUGAUACCAAUUAAGUUGUUAAAAUAUUUUAAUUAGAUAAGUAGUAAAAUGAUUCAAAUGCUUACUAAAAAAUAAUUAUCUGGGAUCAUUACAAGAGAAAACUUUUUGUAAGCUCAAAUAACAUAUUUUAUAUCUUUGAUUAUGAUACUAAAAUUUUUAUUUGCAAGUACCAAUUUUAGCUUACAAUCUUUGAUAUUUAUAUCAGCUUCAAUAAAAACUAAAUAUUUGUUACUGACUAUUUGAAUUUAAAAGUUUUUGAUUACUCUAUCCUAGAGUUUAAUUAAAAUUCAUUGUUGCCAUUAAAUUCAUCUCCAAAUAUAUUAAAGAUUAAUGAAAGCCAAUAUAUUUUGUUUGACAAUAGUCAAUCUACACUUAAAAAUAUAGUUAAUGGUGAAGUAAAAGAUGUUAAAUACUUUAAUCAACUAAAUCCUUCAUACUUUUAUUUCAAUUAUUACAAUAAAAGUAACUCAUAAAUUUAUGUAAUAAUAUUUAAUUAGCUCUUAAUUUAUAAUGUAACUUCAACUAGGAUAAUUCCAAUAUUUUAUUAAUUACUAGAUUCUUAAAUAAUAACUUUUAUCAGUGAUUCUGAUUUACAAGUUAUUUUUCUAACUCAAAAACAGUCUUUAUAUUAACUUUAAAAAAAUCAAACUAACCCAUAGCUCUUAAUCCUAACCUAUAUCUCAACAGGAGUAGGCCAAUUUUUUAUGAUUGAUGAUUUAUUUUUAAUAUACUGCUCAACCAAAAACACAAGCUAAUGGAACAAGAUUACAUUUUAAAACUCCUAGCCUCAUUCUCCUCUAAUAAAACUUGAUUACUUUUAAUUUAAAAUUGAAUAAAACGAUAUUGUUAAAAAAAUUAUUAGAAUAGACAAUACUUAGAAUAUCAUAAUAUUAACUAAUAAAUGUAUACAAAUAAUAGAUAUUUAGACAGGAAAUGUUUUAUAAAUCUCUCAAUUAGAUUUCUAAAACCAAUAAUCUUAAAUCUACUUUGAUCCUCUAUAUUAAAGGAUUUACUAUACUGAUAGAACUGUAGGAAUAAAAGUAUAUGAUCUUUAAAUGCAAACUAUUAAAUAGAAUUUACCAUCUUCAGGAAUAAAAUUAAAAAUGGAAGGCCCUUUCAUAUUUAUGCUUUCAUUUAAUUCUGUAAGUAUAUAUAUAAGAUAAGACCUCAAAUUAUUCUAAAUAAUUAGGCAUUUUAACAGCACUCAAUCGCUAAUAGAUAUUGAAUACACUGGAUUUAAUAAUAUAUUCGUUUUAUAUUUUGACAAUUCAAUUAGUUUCUUUAAUGCUAACCCUUUCUCAUAGCCUAAGUUAAUUGAUUUCUUAUAAAUAAACAAUUAUAAGGUUUUAUCCUUAUAAGUAUAAUCCCAGAAUUCUUAGUAUUUAAUAGUUGAUAUGAUGAUUCUAACUAUUGAAAAUACUAUCAAAUACACUACCUAGAUAAAUAUUGGCUCUUUUUCAAAUAAUAUUUGCUCUGCCUAGUUAUAAAUACUAACUGGCUAAAAUGAUUUAAUAACCAAAAACCAAUAAAGCGAUUAUUUGAAUUUAUUAUCACUGAAAUAGCUCUUAAUUUAGAACAUUAUUUAUAGCUUGUACAUAAAUAAUGACGAAUAAACUGAUCUAAAGUAUCCUUUUGUUAGCUCUAGCUCUGUGACUAAUUAUUACUCAUUGAAUAUUUAAGCUAUAAACAAUAAUAGUAUUUAUUUAUAAAUUCAAAAUAUUACAGAUUAAAAUAUAGUAGAGCUGCAACUAUAAAACUUAAAAAUUUCAUUUAAAAACUUAAAUAACACUUAGUUCUUGUUUGGAAAUCAAACAUUUAAAAAAUUAGAAAGAUUAUUUUUAAAUGACAUAGAAUUAUCAGAUUUUGAUAAUAACCAACUAGUAUUUGAAGGUAUUAAUCAUCUUUUUAUCUAAAAUUUAGUGAUUAAUGGAGAAUAAAUUUAACAGGUAAACAAAUAGAUUAUGCUUUUCUAAGAUAUUAAUAUAAUUGUAAUACAGAACAUUAAUCUUAUCAAUUGUUAAUUUAAUAAUAUCAUUAAUCUAAUUAAAUUUGUUAAUAUAAACAAAUUAACUAUUAAUAAUUUCAACAUCAAACUUAAUAGUUUAAAUUCAAACUUUAAGCAAAGCUCUAUGAUAGAUAUCUCAUAUGUUAACUUACUUACAAUAAAUAAUACUAAUCUUUUGCAGAAUAUUUUUUAAAACAUUUAAAUAUUCACAAUAACUAAUGUUACUUCAGUUAGUAUUAGCAACAUGAUAGCAUCUUAAAAUUAAAUAAUAAUUAAUUAAAAUGUAGAUUUACAAGGAAUUAUUUUCUACUUUGAAGCAACUCCAUAAAUUGAUUUGAAAAAAAUCCAAUUUAAUAUUCUAAACUUUACCCCACUCUCAUCCAUUUCUUUACUAAAAUUUUCUAAUGUAAACCAAACAUUAUAGUUUACUGAUUUUUACUUCUCAAACUUUAAAUUAGAAAAUCAUUAAAAUAGUUCAAUCAGUGGCUAAUAAUAUUUCAUUUUAGAAUGUGAAGGAAUUCUUAAUUCAAAUUUUUCAAAUAUUCAGAUAAUAAAUUCAGAUAUGUUGGGAUUUAUUAAUUUGCAUGAGUUAGAAAAUAAAAACGGAAUUAUUAUUUAAAAUUAAAUAUCAACAUUCUACAAUUAUUAGCACUAUCUUUCAAAAAUAAAUCAAUUAAUGCUACUUAAUGCUUAGUAAUUAACAAUAUCAAAUUCUAAUUUUUCAUCUAUUUCUAGCAUUAAUUCAGAUGCUGGCUUUAUUUAAAUUUAAGUUAGCUAAAAUUUUCUUUUAGAUACAAUUUAAAUUUAAAAAGUAGAUCUUAAGUAAAAUAGCUUUAUUUACAUAUUCUAAAGCCCUUAAGUAGUUAUACAAAACAUUAAUUCAAAAAAUAUAGAAACAAAUAGUAUAGCAAGUGUUCUUUAUUUGUCAUAAAUUUCUAGGUUGAUAAUGAAAAAUAGCACUUUUAUCUCAAAUAUAUCUUAUCUUGAUGGAGGAGCUAUAUAUUUAAACUAAAUAACUGAAAUAAUAUUUUUAGAUAACACUUUUUAGUAAAACGAAUCAAAGACAGGAAAUGGGGGAGCUAUUUACUGCUAUAGUAGCAUAUUCUCUUAGUUUGAUGGCAAUACUUUAUUUUAAAAUUCUUGCCCAUAAGGCUCAGGUGGAGCAUUAUUGCUGAACAAUUGUGAUAUUUAAGACAUGAUGCAAAAUACUUUCUAAUAAAAUUCUGCUCUAAUAGGAGGUGCUUUUAGAUAUUAAGGCAUAUAACCUUAUGUUUUAUAAAAAACAAAUGUGAGCAGAAGAAUACUUACCUUAAAUCUAAACUCUUUUAUUAAAAACUCUGCAUAAUUAUAUGGAAAAAAUAUAGGUUCUUAUCCAAUUUAUUUAGAUGUUAAAAAUUAAAUAUAAGAUGACUUAAAUAUUCAAAGUGCUAAAUUAGAAAAUUUAUAAAGUGGCAGCACAUCUUCACCAAUAUUAAUGAGAUUAAUUGAUGAAGAAAAGAGAGAAGUAAGUUUUUUUAAAAAUACAGAGUUGGUAAAUUAAGAAAUCUUGAUUGAAUUUGGUAGCUAUUUACUUGAAUUGUAGAGUUAGGAAGUUGGGCUUGAUGGUAAUCUCAGAUAAAAUUAUAAUUUUGAUUAAUUUGGUUUCCUUUUUAAUGUGUCCUAUUCUUAUUAGCCAAAUGCUAACUCCUCAAUUAUAGUUAAAACCGUUAGCCCUAUCUUUAUAUUAAAUACUACAACUUUUAAAUUUGACUUUCAAGAGCUAAGUAUCUCUAUUGAUGUUAACUUUAGGAAAUGUUAGUAAGGGGAAAUUUUACAAACAUUGUAGAAAUAUAAAAUAUGCUAUACUUGCUAAUAAGGUAAUUAUUGCUUACAAGAUCCAAAUUAAUUUGAAAGUUUGUAGUGUCUCAAAUGUCCUAUUGGUUCUAAAAAUUGCCACUCAAAUAUCAUUCAGUUAUAAAAUGGAUACUGGAGUUAGGACUAAAACUCAGACUAAAUAUAUGAAUGUAUUAAUCCAGAAAAUUGUAUCCCUGAAGAUCCUUCAAAUAAGUUUGGAUGCUCACUGGGACAUGUAGGAGCUAUUUGCGAAUCUUGUGAUUCAUAAGGAGUUGUUUGGGGUUCAAAAUAUGGAAGAAGUAAUGGUGGAGUUUAGUGCUAAGAAUGCAUUAAGCAAAAUACAAUUCAAUCUAUUCUAUUUCUACUUUUAUUAUUGAUUAUAUUUUGUGCUUAUUUAAUCUUUUAAAUUUAAAGAUAGUUGAUAUUAAUAUAAAAAAAAAUGAGCUGGUUUUAUUUGAGAAAGCUUAAAUUAAUUUUACUAUAAAAUCAAAAUAUUAGCAGUUCUUCUUCUUACAUCAAAAUUCUUAUCAACUAUUUAUAGUUUAUAGCAUUAAUAAAUAACUUAGGUAUUUAAACUUAAUAAUUUCUCUCUGUUGCUGAAAUUGGAGGUGGCGAUCCUGUAUAACAUACUGUUUAUAAUUUAGAUUGUAUAUUUAGUAAUUAUGAUUUCUAAAUUCCGUUAUAUGCUAUUAGAGUUUUAUUUAUCAAUUUCUAAAUAAUUAUUAUUUAUUUGCUUAUCCAACUAGUAAAAAUCCUCACAAACAUCUUUAAGAUAGAUGACCGUUCAUUUUAGAUUUCUUCUUUCAUACUAAUAUACUUAUUCUUUAGCUCAUCAAUAAUUAAAGUAUUGAUAUAGUCUUCAUCUUGUAAAGAAAUAGCAGGCAAUCUAUAUAUUAUUUCUGAAAUGCAGUAUGAAUGCUAUACAGAAAAACAUAAUGAAAUCUUACUAUAUUUAAUAGGGCCAUUGCUUUUAAUAUGGUUCAUAAUAAUCCCAACAUCAUUUUCUAUUUAUUUAUACAGUAAAAGAAAAAAAUUACAAAGCUUGCAUUAUCUGAAUAAAUAUGGUCUUUUAUACUAAGAAUAUAAAGAAAAGUCUUAUUAUUGGGAUUUAGCUAGAAAUCAAACAAGAGCAUCUCUAGUUAUAUUUCUAAAUUUAAUUAGGACUUCAUCCUAACUAAAAGCUAUGUUAUUAUAACUUUUAAUGUAUAUUUACCUUAGAUUUUUGAUCAAAGUAAGUCCUUAUUAAAGAUAAUAGUUAAAUAAUAUUGAUUAACUAUCUUGCAAAUUAGUUAUAACAAGUAUAUUCAUAAUAUAAAUGAUAUUAAUUACAGAUAAUCCCUAAUUUAAACUACUAUAGUAAAAUAUUUUAAUAAUCAUUAAUAUAAGUUUCAUAGGAAUCUUGCUCUUAUUAAUAGUACAAAGACCUGUUCCUUUUAAUAAAAAUUAAUAAAAUAAGCUUUAAAGAUUCUAGGUUUUUUUAUCCAAAUUAAUCCCUAAUUCUAUUUACUAAAUUGCUUAUUAAAAAUAGAUAAAUUUAUUCAGAAUAAAUUCUUUAUGGAAAAAAGUUUAAAGCUCUUUAAGGGAAGUAAUUGCAAUGGAAGCAGAUUUUAAGAACUAAAAAUUGGCUUAACAAUAAAAACUGCUUAAGCAAAAUAGUUAAUUCAAAUUUCAAAAUUCAAAAAUUAACAAACGAUUAAAAACUCGCUUCUAUUUAUAAGCACUAGAGAGUUAUAAUUUGGAUAAAAAUCAAUAAUGA